CACAAUAUCUAAACCAAUAUUGAGAGAGAAAUAAUGUCAAAUACAAUUCAACAUUUCAGUCACCGCCAUCUUUUGAAACAACUUGAUGUUAUGCAAUAUGUGUACGAAGAUUUAAAAAUCAACUGCGAACUAUGUCAACUUGUAAUUGACCAUAGCCAAAUAUGCUACAGGUGCAUCCAAUGGUGUAGAUAUUUCCUUCACAAAAAAUGUGCUGAGCUGCCCCAAUACGUUGAUCAUGCGUUGCAUCCUGACCAUAGUCCUCUAAUGCUUCAACGAACAUCAUCAUCACAUGACACUGUUACCUGCUAUUACUGUGAGAAUUCCUUCCAAACCCAAGAAACUCUGGCUUACAUAUGCAAUCACUGCUCUCUCCACAUGCAUAUCACGUGCGCUCUCAUUCCCAUACCCACCUUAAUCGGCAGCAACGACAACAAUGCUCAAUAUUUCUGCCAUCAACAUCCGAUGCCAUUGGUUAAGCAUGAUGAUUCAAAAGCCCAAGCUAAAUGUUUCGCGUGUCAAUCACACUGGACAGGUUCAGCCUAUUCUUGCCUCUCUUGUCAUAAUUUUCUUCACCAUUCUUGCACAAAUUCUCAAUUGAAAAUUGAUCAACAUCCUUUUCAUUCACAUCAUCCUCUCACACUUCAGUUUAGUAAGCCUCGAUCUUGCAAUUUAUGUUGUAAGAAAGAUUGUAGGCUGAUUUUCAGAUGUCACAAUGAGUGUGACUUUAAUUUGUGCACGGAGUGUGUUGUUCCUAAGACAGCAGUGAGAUGUCAAAGUCAUGAUCACUUACUUUAUUUUGUGGAGAAAUCGUUCUAUGAAGGUAGUUGUCAUGCUUGCAAAAAAUCGUAUACACAUUGGACUGAUCAUCCUAUUCCCGACGAAGUGAAUCGUACCAAAUCCUUCUUGUUUCGUUGCAUAGAAUGUGAUUUUAACUUCCAUUUUUUAUGCGGUCCAUUACCAUUCACCGUUAGCUUUAAAUACCACAUACAUCCUUUGAUUCUUGUCGAGGAUUACCCAGCCGAAGAUGAUGAUUGCGGUGAUGAAUAUUAUUGCGACAUAUGUGAAGAAGAAAGAAAUCCAUACUUCCGCAUAUAUUAUUGUAAAGAAUGCAAGUACGCUGCACAUAUUCAUUGCCUACUGUUGGAGAUUAUGAAGGUCAUAAAUGGGAAUAUGAAGGGUGUGAAGGUGAUGGCCUUGGGAGAGAGCAGGUGGUCUCAAUUUAUCUCGGAGGAAGAGAUAUUGUUGGGGGGAAUUAAUGAAGGAACCCUUAACGAUCUAAUUCACAGCCUAACAGACGAAGACAACAACAUGUUAAAUCAUCGCCUUUCUUUUGACAUUGAUCUGGAUGAGAAGUAUAGUUUGGAAGAAUAUUACAAAUUUCUUCAUAGAGAGAAUUCUCCCUUGUUUGACCACGAUUUGCUUUCUAUUGAAGAUAUUUAUAAAAUCCAUCGCGUUUCUCGUUUUGAUGAAGCAGAGUUCGAAAACUUUUGGAGGGAGCUUAUAUUUAAUAAUGCUUUAAACAACUUGAAAUUUGAUGACAAGUACUUGAGACAAAAGGUUGUAGAUGUUGAAGGUUAUAAGGUACCAAUUACGCUGGUGCCCAUCUUAAAAACUCUGCUUCACAAGUAUGAAGAAUCAGAUCUAUUUGGUAGCAGAGUCUUAAGCUCGACACCUGCAAGGAAGAGCGUGUUUGCCACAUUGUUUUGUAUAGUGUGUGAUGGAAUGUGCAAAACUAAGAUUGAGGACGUCACUAAGGAUGAUAUUAAAGAUUGGUAUUUCUAUCUAAGCACCAUUAAAGGAGUUACAUCCUUUGAUCUUGAUGCUGACCUUCAGAAGUUUAGAAAGAGAAUCAUGCGGCCUUUUCUCUGUUUUGAAGCAAUCAGAUAUGAAAAAGACAUCAGUCAAAAGUUGGAGUCCAGGAUCGAAGAAUUAGAAGCUGAGUUGGACAAAUGCAAAAAGAAGCACCAGUGGUUCAAAGAACAGAUGGCUGAGAGCUUGGAUGAAAUUAAAGGCUCUUUGACUCGUGCUUUGGGAUCCAAGGGCAAGAAGGUGGAUGAAAUAAUUAGUUUCGAUGAACUUUUAGACUAG